AUGGAGAAUCACAUGUUUAAUGUUGAACAAAUCCAACCCAACGUGAUUUCUGUCCGCCUCUUCAAGCGCAAAGAGGGGGGCUUGGGGUUCCUGGUGAAGGAGCGGGUGAGCAAGCCCCCUGUGAUCGUCUCUGACCUAAUUCGAGGGGGUGCUGCAGAGCAGAGCGGCCUCAUCCAGGCCGGAGACAUCAUUCUCGCUGUCAACGGCCAGCCGUUGGUGGACCUGAGCUACGCCAGUGCCCUGGAGGUGCUCAGGGGCAUUGCCUCCGAGACCCACGUGGUCCUCAUUUUGAGGGGCCCGGAGGGCUUCACCACGCACCUGGAGACGACCUUUACUGGGGAUGGGACCCCCAAGACCAUCCGGGUGACACGGCCUCUGGGUCCUCCCACCACAGCUGUCGAUCUGUCACACCAGUCAUCAUCCUGCAAAGAGCAGCCACUGGCGGUGGACAGGGCCUCAGGUCCCAGCAGUGGGCCACAGCACGCCCAGGACAAUGGGCCAGGAGCUGGCUCGCUGUCCCACACCAAUGGCCUGGACACUACCAAGAAAAAUGCUGGGGUUGCCCUUCAGUGCAGUGAGGAGCACAAUGAACUGCUCAAGGAGAUCAAGCCUGUGCUGAACCUUCUCACCACUGCUGACAGAGGGAUCAACGGAAGGGGACCUGCCAAGGUGGAGACAAAAGAUGCAGAAGUCCAGGUGGACAGAGACCUGGAUGCCAAGUCACACAAACCUCAGCCUCUUGGCAUGGAGAACGACCGUGUCUUUAAUGACCUGUGGGGGAAGAGCAAUGUGCCUGUGGUCCUCAACAACCCAUAUUCAGAGAAGGAGCAGGCCCCUGCCUCAGGAAAGCAGUCCCCUCCAAAGAACGGCAGCCCCUCCAAGUGCCCCCGCUUCCUCAAGGUCAAGAACUGGGAGACUGACGUGGUUCUCACUGACACCCUCCACCUUAAGAGCACAUUGGAAAUGGGAUGCAGAGAACACAUCUGCAUGGGCUCCAUUAUGCAGCCUUCUCAUCAGUUACGGAGGCCUGAGGACGUCCGCACUACAGAACAGCUCUUCCCUCUUGCCAAAGAGUUCAUUGAUCAGUACUACUCGUCCAUUAAAAGAUUUGGCUCCAAAGCCCACAUGGAGAGGCUGGAAGAGGUGAACAAAGAGAUUGAAACCACCAGCACCUAUCAGCUCAAAGACACAGAGCUCAUCUACGGGGCCAAGCACGCCUGGAGGAAUGCCUCCCGCUGUGUCGGCAGGAUCCAGUGGUCCAAACUGCAGGUGUUUGAUGCCCGCGACUGCACCACGGCUCAUGGGAUGUUCAACUACAUUUGCAACCACAUCAAGUAUGCCACCAACAAAGGGAACCUCAGGUCCGCCAUCACCAUAUUUCCCCAGAGAAUCGACAGCAAGCAUGAUUUCCGAGUCUGGAACUCCCAGCUUAUCCGCUAUGCUGGCUACAAGCAGCCUGACGGCUCCAUCCUGGGGGACCCAGCCAACGUGGCGUUCACAGAGAUCUGCAUAUCGCAGGGCUGGAAGCCCCCGAGAGGCCGCUUCGACGUCCUGCCACUCCUGCUCCAGGCCAACGGCAAUGACCCCGAGCUCUUCCAGAUUCCCCCAGAGCUGGUGCUGGAAGUGCCCAUCAGGCACCCCAAGUUUGAAUGGUUCAAGGACCUGGGGCUGAAGUGGUACGGCCUCCCUGCUGUGUCCAACAUGCUUCUGGAGAUUGGCGGCCUGGAGUUCAGCGCCUGUCCCUUCAGCGGCUGGUACAUGGGCACGGAGAUUGGCGUCCGCGACUACUGUGACAACUCUCGGUACAACAUCCUGGAGGAAGUGGCCAAGAAGAUGAACUUGGAUAUGAAGAAGACGUCCUCUCUGUGGAAGGACCAGGCGCUGGUGGAGAUCAACAUUGCAGUUCUCUACAGCUUCCAGAGUGACAAAGUGACCAUCGUCGACCACCACUCGGCCACUGAGUCCUUCAUUAAGCACAUGGAGAAUGAAUACCGCUGCAGGGGGGGCUGUCCGGCAGACUGGGUGUGGAUUGUGCCCCCCAUGUCUGGCAGCAUCACCCCUGUCUUCCACCAGGAGAUGCUCAACUACCGGCUCACUCCCUCCUUCGAAUACCAGCCUGACCCUUGGAACACCCACCUCUGGAAAGGCACCAAUGUGACCCCCACAAAGCGGCGAGCCAUCGGCUUCAAGAAGCUGGCAGAAGCUGUCAAGUUCUCAGCCAAGCUGAUGGGACAGGCAAUGGCCAAGAGGGUCAAGGCGACCAUCCUUUAUGGCACAGAGACGGGUAAAUCUCAGGCCUAUGCCAAAACCCUGUGUGAGAUCUUCAAGCACGCCUUCGAUGCCAAGGUGAUAUCCAUGGAAGACUAUGACAUUGUGCACCUGGAACAUGAAACUCUGGUCCUGGUGGUCACCAGCACCUUUGGCAAUGGAGACCCCCCUGAAAAUGGGGAGAAAUUCGGCUGUGCUUUGAUGGAAAUGAGGCACCCCAACUCUGUGCAGGAGGAAAGGAAGAGCUACAAGGUCAGGUUCAACAGUGUUUCCUCCUAUUCCGACAUCCACAAGUCAUUAGGCAGUGGGCCGAACCACAGAGACAACUUUGAGAGCACUGGCCCCCUGGCAAAUGUGAGGUUCUCAGUGUUUGGCCUUGGCUCGAGGGCAUAUCCGCACUUCUGCGCCUUUGGACAUGCUGUGGACACCCUCCUGGAAGAGCUGGGAGGAGAGAGGAUCCUGAAGAUGAAAGAAGGGGAUGAGCUUUGUGGGCAGGAGGAGGCGUUCAGGACCUGGGCCAAGAAGGUCUUCAAGACAGCCUGUGACGUGUUCUGCGUGGGAGAUGAUGUCAACAUUGAGAAGGCGAACAACUCCCUCAUCAACAAUGACCGCAGCUGGAAGAGGAACAAGUUCCGCCUCACCUAUGUGGCCGAAGCUCCAGAGCUUACACAAGGUCUAUCCAAUGUGCACAAGAAGCGGGUCUCAGCCGCUCGUCUUCUCAGCCGUCAAAACCUUCAGAGCCCUAAAUCCAGCCGGUCAACUAUCUUCGUGCGUCUCCACACCAAUGGGCAUCAGGAGCUGCAGUACCAGCCUGGGGACCACCUGGGUGUCUUCCCUGGCAACCAGGAGGACCUGGUGAAUGCCCUGAUCGAGCGGCUGGAGGACGCGCCUCCUAUCAACCAGCUGGUGAAAGUGGAGCUGCUGGAAGAGCGGAGCACGGCUCUGGGAGUCAUCCGUAACUGGACAGAUGAGCGCCGCCUCCCGCCCUGCACCAUCUUCCAGGCCUUCAAGUACUACCUGGACAUCACCACACCGCCCACGCCCCUGCAGCUGCAGCAGUUCGCCUCCCUGGCCACCAGCGAGAAAGAGAAGCAGCAGCUGCUGGUCCUCAGCAAGGGCUUGCAGGAGUACGAGGAAUGGAAAUGGAACAAGAACCCCACCAUCGUGGAGGUGCUGCAGGAGUUCCCGUCCAUCCAGAUGCCCGCCACCCUGCUCCUGACCCAGCUGUCCCUUCUGCAGCCUCGUUACUACUCCAUCAGCUCCUCCCCGGACAUGUACCCCGAGGAGGUGCACCUCACUGUGGCCAUCGUCUCUUACCGCACUGGAGAUGGAGAAGGACCAGUUCACCACGGCGUGUGCUCCUCCUGGCUCAACCAGAUCCAGUCUGACGACGUGGUCCCCUGUUUCGUGAGAGGAGCGCCCGGCUUCCACCUGCCCAAAAACCCCCAAGUGCCCUGCAUCCUGAUUGGCCCGGGCACCGGCAUUGCCCCUUUCCGAAGCUUCUGGCAGCAGCGGCAAUUUGAUAUCCAACACAAAGGAAUGAGUCCCUGCCCCAUGAUCCUGGUCUUUGGGUGCCGGCAGUCCAAGGUGGACCACAUCUACAGGGAGGAGACCCUGCAGGCCCGGAGCGCGGGGGUCUUCGGAGAACUGUACACGGCCUACUCUCGGGAGCCAGACAAGCCAAAGAAGUACGUGCAGGACAUCCUGCAGGAGAAGCUGGCGGAACCUGUGUACCAAGCCCUGAAGGAGCAAGGGGGCCACAUUUACGUGUGCGGGGACGUCACCAUGGCCGCCGAUGUCCUCAAGGCCGUCCAGCGCAUCGUGGCGCAGCAGGGGCAGCUCUCGGUGGAGGACGCUGGCGUGUUCAUCAGCCGCCUGAGGGAUGACAACCGCUACCAUGAGGAUAUCUUUGGGGUCACCCUGCGAACGUAUGAAGUGACCAACCGCCUUAGAUCUGAAUCCAUUGCCUUCAUUGAGGGGAGCAAAAAGGACACCGACGAGGUUUUUAGCUCCUGA